UAAUCAAACCAUCAGAAUCGGCUUGGCUUCCCCAGUGAUUUUACCCACGCACCGCUACUGAGUGGGUAUACGUUGUAUACCUGCUGCGUAUACCCUCCACUACACAACUGUUAAUAACUGAAACCCCCCGAAAUGUAUGUUAAUCACUCAGCACCACUGUUUUCUCAAUUCAAUUUAAAUUCAGCAUAAAAAAAGGAGCACAUUUUUAAGUUUGUUCCAACUGAGCGAGUCUGACCACACACAAUGCGCUUGAUGGAUACUUUUUGUCUUCUUCUAAUGCCUCUUAAGGGGAAAGUAAUCCAAAAGUAACUGAAAGUAACGUUACGUUACGUUGCUGAGUUUGGGUAAUCCAAAAGUUACAUUACUGAUUACAAUUAGAGGUCUCAACCUUUGUCACAGGCUUUCACCUCGUGAGCGAAGCCUGGGAGCUGAGGCUAGUGGUCAUCUGACAUCAUGGAGAACAGUCCUGGAGGGUGAAUUAUUCACAAAUCCACCGUAGCAGAGCUUAGAAGCAUUUCUCUCUGGGGCUGUCUCUCAGUCUCAAUACACACAAGCUUUCUCUUUCUGACCAAGCUCCAGACCUUCAACACUGCAGCACCAUGUACGACUGUAGAGGAGCUGACCACUGGAGAUGCCAUUUCUCAGGCCCUGCAUCAGAUAGAUCCAGCGUGGUUCAGUGAGAGUUGGCUUGGUCACAUUAAAGAAGAUGUUGGGAAUAACUGGAGACUGAAGAUGAAGAACCUGAAGAAGAUCCUUCAGAUGAUGGUGGAUUACUACAAUGAGGUCCUGAGCCAGCAGAUCCAGGAGUUUCCCCUGCCAGACCUGGUAAAGGUGGCAGAACACUCAGACCCUAUAGAACUGGGACGACUGCUGCAGCUCACACUGGGCUGUGCUGUCAAAUGUGAACGCAAGCAAGAGUACAUUCAGAUCAUCAUGACUCUGGAGGAGUCCGUACAGCAUGUGGUGAUGACAGCCCUUCAGGAGCUGAUGAGUAAAGAGAACAUGGCCCAGUUUGGAGCAGAGCCACCGGGGGACGUAGAAUCACAGUUGAAGAAGGCUGUCGAGGACCUGGCAGAUCUGAUAGCAGAAAAGGAGGAGCUAGCCCAGCGCUGUCAGGAACUCGACGUACAGGUGACGGUCCUUCAGGAGGAGAGGAACGGCCUAUUAGCUGAGAACGACGUGCUGACGGACCGAGCCAAUCAGCUGGACUCGUUUGAUGACCCGAGCACGCCCUCCGGACGGAAACACAGCCAGCUACAGAUACAGCUAGAGACACUACAGGAGGAGAACUUUAGGCUAGAGGCAGCUAAGGAUGACUACCGUAUCCACUGUGAGGAGUUGGAGAAGCAGCUGAUCGAGGUUCAGCAUCGUAACGACGAACUCACCAGCCUGGCAGAGGAGUCACGAGCACUUAAAGACGAACUCGAUAUCCUCAGGAGCUGUUCGGACCAUGCUGUGAAGCUGGAGGCGUCAGUGGAGACAUACAGGCGUAAACUGGAGGACCUGGGAGAUUUGAGAAGACAAGUCAAACUGCUGGAAGAGAAGAACAUGACCUACAUGCACAACACUGUCAGUCUGGAGGAGGAGCUACGCAAGGCUAACACUGCCCGUGCACAGCUAGAGACAUACAAGAGACAGGUCCAGGAGCUGUACCGGAAGUUGUCAGAGGAGUCUCGGCGGGCAGACAACCUUGCUUACGAAAAGAAGAAGUUUGAAGAGAAACAUGACGCCGUGAUGAGGGAGAAAGAGAGGAUCAUCAUUGAGCGAGACUCUCUGAAGGAGACCAAUGAGGAGCUGCGAUGUAACCAGGCUCAACAGGACCAGCUCCUACAAGCAGGGAUGGCAGGGAUGCCAGCUGGUAGUCCAACCCAUGAUAACCUUGCUGCUGAGAUCCUACCUGUAGAGUACAGGGAGAAGUUUAUCCGGCUCCAGCAUGAGAAUAAGAUGUUGCGUGUGCAGCAGGAGGGAUCAGAGAAUGACAAGAUCUCUGAACUACAGACACUGCUAGAGGUGGCACACAGAACCUGCUCCGAACUGGACACUGACAACAGGUUAAGCAGGGUGAGGGUCACUGAGCUGCAGCAGCAGGUAGAGGAUUUACAGAAAGCCCUACAGGGCCAGGGAGCCAAGACUGAUGACUCUCACCUGAAGAGGAAACUAGAUGCUCAUAUGGUGCAACUGAACGAGGCGCAGGAUGAGAUCAUGAAGAAGAAAGAACUCCUGGAGGACUUGCAGCCAGACAACACACAGACCUCUCUGAGACUGGAUGAGCUGAUGGCUGCUCUGAAGAAGAAGGAUGAUGACAUGAGAGCCAUGGAGGAGAGAUACAAGAUGUACCUGGAGAAAGCACGCAAUGUGAUCUGUGCAUUGGACCCCAAGCUGAACCCAGCCACAGCAGAGAUCCAGGCUCUAAAGAACCAGCUGACGGACAGAGACAAGAGGAUCCUCAGCCUGGAGAGGGAGUGUGAGCAGGCAAAGCUGAGAGAGUAUGAAGAGAAGCUGGUUGUAACAGCAUGGUACAACAAGAGUCUGAGCUUCCAGAAGCUGGCGAUCGAGGCCCGUCUCGGGGGUCGCUCCACCUCCAUGGUGCCCCCAGGUCAGUCCUUCCUGACCCAGCAGCGCCAGGUCACCAACGCUGCCCGCAGGAACCUCUCUGUCAGCGUGCCUGCCACCACCACUAAGUAGAUCUGGGAUGGGUGACUACUGAGGUGGGCCAGCGUGUGUACAGGCUUCUUCUAUUAAUGUUGAACCAUUAGUUCAAUCAGGUGUGUUAGUGCUGGUCUGGAACAAAGGCCUGCUGACACUGCGGCCCUCUAGGACUGGGAUCUCCUACAUCUGACGUAAACAAACAAAUGGCUCCUCUCUAACUCCUUUCCAGAAAUGUACACUCAAGUGACCUUAAGCACAUUAGUUCUCAGUCCCUGGAGAGGGGACAAGCAUGCACUGACUGACUUGAACAUGAGCACUUACUCUAACCAGGUUCCCUCCUCACUGAUACACCAGACGGUAACAGUUAUACUCCUCACUACAGUUUAGGAUGUUUAUUAUCUCCGGUAAUGAGUUUGGUCUGGCAACCCUACCAACAUGCUUUAUUAGCUUAGCACAUAGCCUAGCACAUAACACUGACUGAGCCCUACAAUAUACCUAUGUUAGCCUAGCUAGCAGCAGGCUCUGACUAGCAGUGAUUUCCUAACCUUGACAUAUCCUGACAUGUACACUGAGUGUACAAAACAUUAAGAACACCUUCCAAAUAUUGACUCCUAUGCCUCCCACAGUUGUGUCAAGUUGAUCUGGAUGUCCUUUUGGUGGUGGACCAUUCUUGAUACACAUGGGA